AUGUCGGUUUUGGAUGCUGUAGCUUCUGGCUGGACACCCAGUAUUUCACUUGGUCUCACCAUUUGUCCACCUUCCCGGCAUGCCGUACACCUGCGACUUGUUCUUGGUCCCUGUCUCAUCUGCCUUUUGCCACGAUGCCCAACGGCUAAUGCAUCUGCUGCUGGUUGUACAUUUUCAAAUGCUUCAAAAUUAUGCUCCGGUUUCUGGGGCCCUCUAGUAUCAUGUAAAAGCCUGGCGCGCACACUUUCCCUUAGUGAGCGUCUGUUUAGAAUUACUUUAGCUGCAGAAGCUGAGCUUUCGGAUGUUCUGGAGAAAAUGAUGCUCUCAGACGCUGAAGCAUUUCCUCAUCGACGCUAUUUAAGGAGGUCGGAAAAACAAGACAGCAAACAAAAUCAUUCUACUAUUCAAAUAAGAUCAGGUACCAAUUCGUCUGUAUCAGGUGAGAUCAGAUUGGACGAGGAUUCUGGAUGUGAAAAUCCAAUCAAACAUGGAAAAGAGACCUGCUGGCUUAAAGUGACAGAAAACUGGCUCACAAGACCUGAGGCUAAAGGAGAUUCCAGCUAUGAAGAACUCAGACACGUGAAAGAAAUCAGGAGAGAACAAGAGGACAACUGUUAUUACUCGUCAAACGACGAUGAACAAGUUAUCCAGAGGCGACAGCAGGAAAGACAAAACGCAAUUCGGCGUAGAAAGAUGUUACUGCGUGCAUUACAGGAUAUCGAGGAUAGACGCAGUCUUGUGCUUAUCCACAGGUGA